ACCCCGAACCAAAAUAGAUGUCGAGAACAUUCAUCAUGAUCUUCACCACACCCGCCGUCCUUUCAAACCUUUAUAUCGCAGUCAAUUCCCUACAAAAUCAAAAAGCCAUUCACUCCCUACCGGCCUACUUUCCAUAUAUACAAACACCUUCUAUUCCUUACGGAGAGAAGAGAACCUCUUAAUUCCAAAAAUCACCCAGAUAUGACUGACGCGUCAGCAUCCGAUCCUGUCGACCGGAACUCCGACCUACGGUCACCCCUGCUAGAGCCGGAAAAAUAUCCCGAACCCAAAUCGGGACAUGAGAGGCUCUGCAUCGAUGACAUCCUCCAGAGAUACUGCGGCGAGUUCGGGCCAUGGCAGCUGAGGCACUUCGUGUUGACGAGCCUGGCUUGGGCUCUGGAGGCUUUCCACACCAUGGUCAUGAUCUUUGCCGACCGCGAACCGGCGUGGACGUGCACGUCCGGUUCGGGAUGCGACGUCGCGGCAGCCAGCGUUUGUGGGCUCGAACCGGGAUCGUGGGAGUGGAACGAUGGGUUGGGAAGCUCGACGGUGGCGGAGUGGGGAUUGGUUUGUGGACAGAAGUAUAGGGUUGGGCUGGCACAGGCCGUGUUCUUUGGCGGCUGCAUGAUAGGUGCUGGGAUAUUUGGCCAUCUUUCAGACUCCUUCCUGGGGAGAAAGGGCUCUCUUACAGUAGUUUGUAUCUUAAAUGCCGUCUUUGGUUGCUUGACAGCGUUUUCCCCAGACUACUGGAUCUACGUCUUACUACGCCUCCUAACUGGUUUCAGCACAGGCGGCGUUGGCCUUUGUGCUUUCGUCCUAGCCACCGAGCCCGUUGGCCCUUCAAAGCGCGGUUAUGCCGGGAUGUCCACAUUCUACUUCUUUUCAACCGGAAUCGCGCUACUCUCCGGUAUAGCCUACAUUUUCCGGUCAUGGCGUGCUCUCUACAUUGCUUCCUCCAUUCCCUCCCUUCUCUUCCUCGUCACUGUCCUUCCUUUUAUCUCCGAGUCUCCAAGAUGGUAUCUUGUUCGAGGAAAAUUAACGGAGGCCAUGAAACUCUUGCACUCCAUCGCUAAAUACAAUGGAAAGCACCUCCCCGAUGGAAUUUUUCUGGCACUAGACGAGGAAGCAAAUAACAGUUCAAACUAUGAACAGACCUGCAAGCAGCAACUGGAAACUAACAAAGCAAUAAGUGGUUCUCUCGUAGAUGUGGUUCGCUCACCAGUCUCUCGCAUCCGUCUUUGUCUUGCCGUGACCAUUAAUUUCCUGUGCUCGGUUGUGUACUAUGGCCUUAGCCUAAACGUUGUCAACCUAGAAACUAAUCUUUACCUCAACGUGUUCCUUAAUGCAGUAGCCGAAAUGCCAGCUUUUACGAUCACAGCUGUGUUGCUGGAAAAGUUCGGAAGGAAGCCAUUAGCAAUAGGGACGUUAUGGUUCAGUGGAUUUUUCUGCUUAUUGGGAAGCUUAAUGAGAAGCGUGGGGCUAUGGAAGGUAGUGAGAAUGGUUUGUGGGAUUUUGGGAAUCUUUGGAAUGGCUGGAACUUACAACUUGCUGUUCAUUUAUACAACGGAGCUGUUUCCAACGGUGGUCAGAAAUGCAGCACUGGGAUGUGCAACACAGGCGGCGCAAAUGGGGGCAAUCUUAGCACCGUUAGUGGUGGUUUUAGGGGGUGGGUUGCCGUUUGUGGUGUUUGCAGUGUGUGGGAUUGUGGGAGGGAUGCUUGCGUUUUACUUGCCGGAGACAUUAAAUAAGCCUAUGUAUGAUACUAUGGCAGGAAUGGAGGAUGGAGAAAGCUGUGCUGAUAGAUCAAGUACCGUGUCAAGUUGUUGAUACUAGCUAGGGUGUUUACCCUUUUCUUUUCUUUUCUUUUCUUUUCUUUUCUUUUCUUUCUUCUUUUGACGAGAGGUUGGUUUCUUAAGAGUUCUGUUGUUCAUCUUUGACAAAGAGUUGCGUUGCAGGGAAGCGGGUACGGUUUCUCUUUGUGAUGUGCGAGCUAUGUAUUCGGCUGGGCAUAUGGGCAUGGAAAUAGUUUUUAUCACGAAAUAAUUGGUGACAAAUAAAUAAUUUUUCUUAUA